CACAUCAACAAAACCUCUCUCUCUCUCUCUCUUUCUCUUUCUCUUUCUCUUUCUCUUUCUCUUUCGCUCUCAAAACCAGAACACAAAAAAAUGGAGGUUUCAUCAUCGAGAAAGCCUUAUUUCAUCGAAGAAGAAGAAGACGUUGAUAAUACUUCUUCUUUGGCUUCUUCUUUAUCAGAGAUGGAAGCUGGGGUUUCUGGUAAUAUUAACAACCAGAACGGCGUCGUUUCAGGCCGUUUCUCAUACGGUAGAUUGAACAGUCUCAGGAAUCAUAACAACAACUACCCUCAGGGUUAUUGUUAUAACCAUUACAACCAGUACGCUGUUUCGUCUCCUAGAUUUGUUGUCUCUGGAAGGUUUCAUGAUUUCAGUUUCGACAACCAACAGCCUCAUUUCUUGGAUGCCUGUUUCCUCUGUAAGAAACCUCUUGGUGAUAACAGAGACAUCUACAUGUACAGAGGAGACACACCGUUUUGUAGUGAAGAGUGUAGACAAGAACAGAUAGAGAGAGAUGAAGCGAAAGAGAAGAAACAGAAUCUGUCUUAUUCUGUUAAAUCAGCUAUGAGGAGGAAAGAACAGAGAAGCUCUUCUUCUUCACCAACUAGAUCUCGUGAUUAUGCUUUUCGCAAUGGAACUGUUAUUGCUGCUUAAUUAUAUAAAAAAAAAAUCCAGACUUUGGGGGAUAUUAUAAUAAUUAUAAAUUAGGUUUAAGAAAAAAAGAAGAAGAAAAUAAAAAGCUAUAUUGUCUCUGACGCUACGAAGCUCUGGUUUUGGAUUCUCUCUUUUGAUCUUGAGAUCUUUUUAACUUUAGCUUCAAGUCUUGGGGAAAAAAAAAAGGAAGCUAAAGAUCCUUUAAAUUUUCUAGUUUUCUUUCUUUCCUUUUUUUUUGUUGUAAGGGAAAAAAAAAAGAGUUUCUUCAGUUGAAAUUUUGGGAGCAUGAGAAGAGAAAAUUGUAAAUGCCUAUGUGAAUUAUAAUAGUGCAUGGCAUCUUUGAGUAAAUUUUCUUGUCUUUUUUUUUUCUUUCUGCUGGGUAAAAUCAUCUUUCAAGGAGAGUAUACAGAUGUAAAAUCAAGUUAUAUAUGUUGGAGUUACGAAAAAUAUAUACGAGAAAAACUACAAGAAUAAGUUUUUUUUU